UUGUUUGAGAGCGGUGCUAAGUGACGUGAUGGCUACCGAGCAAGCUUUAGGAUUUCUGUGGGAUAUUUGAGCGAAUACGUCGUAACUUCAAAAAUGAAAUUAACUAGGAAACUGGUUCUCUCACGGGCCAAAGCGUCGGACCUUGAAAGCGUAAAAAAGUUGAAUUGCUGGGGCUGCAACCUCACAGAUAUCUCAAUAUUCACUGAAAUCCCAAAUGUUGAAGUCUUAACAUUAAGUGCCAAUAACAUAUCCACUCUGGAGCACAUUGGCAGUUGUCAGAACCUGGCCGAGCUCUACCUGAGGAGGAACAACAUCCAGAGUCUCUCAGAGCUGAGCCAUCUUAAAAAUCUCACCUGUCUCAAAGUCCUGUGGCUGGCGGAGAACCCAUGCUGUGGCACAGACCCUGUGAAGUACCGUUUGACCGUGCUGCAGAACCUGCCUGGUCUGCAAAAACUAGACAAUCAGGUUGUGACUGAAGAAGAACUUGCACUUGCUUUGGAUGACAGAGAGGAAGUGGUCACUCCUCCAGGUCCUGCCACAGCCAGCUCUAGCAAUGGGCUCGCAGACGCAGACUCCGAGUACGACCCUUUCAGUUUCAGUAUAGGGGAGACCAAUAAAAUCCCUGCACAGCUGGGGAUGAAACCAGCGUCUAGAGACAAAUUUUCAUCUUCACGAGAAGCAGGGGCCUCCCUGAAGAAAAAGAGUCACACUCUGGAAGCUGUGCUGCUCCUGCUGAAGGACCUGGAUGUAGAGGAGCUGAAAAUGGUUCAGUGUGCCACAGAGAACAAACUCAGAGCUCGCAGUAGACAGAAAGAGAAAGUACCAAUUGUUUAGCACUGAAUAAGAGCUCAUUACUACUGCACCCAGGACAAGCAGCAAUAUAAAAGAAUCCAGGUUGAUAUGUUUACCGACAUUGUUGACAGACGAAUAAAAACAACUGCAACAAAGGCAAGCCAGGUAAAAAAAAAUGAAGUGGAGAAAAAACAUGAAGUGUCUUAAUAACGCUAGUAAUCCAUCAAACAUUAACUAACAGCCUCGGUGGUGCACAGGAAAGAUAAACACCAUUCGUCCAAAAGAUCAACUCGACUGGUGUAAUGAUGAUCAUGGUGGAGUCUCAUACAUUACUACAAAGUGGUAUACAAGACAUCAGUGUUCACCUUGGGUGAGAUCUGGCAAGCAUGAAGGCUACAGCAUAUGAUUAAACUCAUGUUCAUACCCGAGGUCAUAUAGAAGCAAACCAUGUCUACAUAAAUAAAUAAAUGCCUGCACAACAUAGGAGAGCCACUGGUUUCUCCGUUAAUUUGUCACCAAUGUGUGUUUAUAUCUGUUGCCAUAUUUAUGUGGACAUCUGACCAUCACCCCAUAUGUGCUCAUUGAUCCUGUUCUAGAUUUAGUCCCCUAUUAAUGCUCUAAUAAGCUCCACUUUUCUGGUAAGGUUUUCCACUAGAUUUUGGAGUAUGGAUGUUGACAUUUAACCAUUCAGCCAGAAGAGCAUUAGUGAGGUCAGACGGCGAGGUUGAAUGAGUCCUGGGGCAUAAUCAGCGUGCCGGUUCAUCCCAAAGUUGUUCAUUGGGGGUGAGGUCAGGGCUCUGUGCAGGACGAGAGUUCUUCCACUCCAAUAUUGUCAGGCAAACAUGUCUACAUUGUUGUGCAGAGUCAUUGUGAUGAUGGGGCAGGUCUGAGCCUCUUAGGUCCAUUGAGGGGAUUGAGUAUACAAAAUACUUAAUAUAAAAUGGUGUAUUUCCAACUUUGUGGCAAAAAUACAGGGAAAGCACGUGUACAGGUGUGACAGUCAGGUGUCCUCAAACUGUUGACCAUAUUGUGUGAUGUAUUUAGAUUGAAUAGGUUUAAAACUAGUUAUAAAAAAAGAGUUUGGUGAACUCUGCUUUUUAUAGGCAUGAUCAGUGUAACCAAACAAUUAUAGCUUCAGCAUUGCUGCUUCUGGUGAUAAUUUGGCAUUUCCUGUUCCUGACAUAUUUAAGCAUAUAUAUUUUAUUGGGAUCUGUUUAGCAUCUGAUUGUUACCAGAGCACCUGAAUGUGUAUUAUUCUGAUAUUGCAGGAAUAACCCUGUGAAUGGAAAUGUUUAUUUACUGAACGUAUUUUUGUAUGUAAAUAAAUUGUAAUGCGUCA